AUUCCAACUGAGAAAUCCUGGGAAACUUUAUCUGAUCCUGUAAUUCCUGCUGGGGGCAGUUGGACACUUGGGAGAUUUGGCCGUUUGUUCCCAAGUGGGGAGGACAGCGUGAAGGAAGGUGAGAGUUUGCUUCUCGUGUUCUUAGAGUUUCAUUCAUUUUGUUAUAAUACCACACCUUUUUCCAGAAAAAUAAAUAGAUAACCAUUUCGAUCAAGAAGGUUGCUUGUCUGCAAACAAUAUGUCUGGGAAUGUUUCACUGUUGAGGACGAAAAACGGGGGUGCAAGAACGUGCUCCCCGGCUCACGUAGUAGGUGUGUCGACGGAUGAUUCGAGGGCAGAGAACUGAGCACUGAAUCGCAUUGGUCUGGCUUGGGUGGAUUUUCACAAAUGACAUCAAAUUGAGCUGAUAGUCACUAAGAAUCACUCUAAUGGGGGCGACUGGUUGAGGAUUUCUCUUCUAAACCUAAAGCUUUUGAUUUCCUAACAAUAAAUAGCCCUCCAAAGAAUUGCACAAAACCAAAAAUAUCAUAUAAAUCAUUUCCAUAAUUGCCAAAUUUUGUGAUGAUAUUUUUUGACUACCUGAAAAUUUAACUAAAACCGUGAAAACGAAACAACGCUCAUAAAUAGGUCCAAAUUUAUUUCAUUUCAAUCUUUUUCCUAUCUGAUUAGCUGAAAAUUUAACUAAAACCAUAAAAACAAAACAAAGCUCAUAAAUAGGUCCAAAUUUAUUUCAUUUUCAUCUUUCUCCUACUUCAGAUCAUAGCAAAUUUAACAAAACUAAGUUUAGGUUACAUCAACAUCUGUUUUUGUUUACCUGUUGUCUUUUGGUCAACUGAAAACAAUAGGGGAACAAACGUGGCUGUUCAUGUUAGACUAAUAAUAUCAGCUUUAGACACUAAACCAUUUUCGAAGUAAGGAAAUACUUGAUUAAUCAGACAGCUGUGGUAAUCUGCUCUAUAUCCUUAUUUUUAAGAAGGACAUAGAAUAGAUUUCCUUGGCCUGUGUGAAAAAUCAGGUUAGCUUGACCUAAAUUUCGGAAAGCCUUAUGUAAACAGCUAGAAUAAACAUUUUUGCUAAGUCUUAACUUUUCACGAUGUAAGGCAAUUUCUCGGUGGUGACUUCAAGUGAUGCUUCAAAUUAGGGUUUGGAUAUAGGUCUGGAACCAUAUACGUAAGAUCAUUUUUUAUAUAUUAAAGGUACAUGUUUGGCUAGUUCCAGUCAUUUAUCGGAAUCCCGAUUUGAAGUAUUCAUUCCCAGUCACCACCGUAUUUCCACGCUAUUUGGGCGAUUGUCACGAUCGUCACGCAAUGCUGGUACAGUCGGCUAGCGUGACUGUCGUGACUAAAGCUUCAAAUCUCGUGGGAACUUAAAGAUAGGACAAUUUAAAUAAUCAUUAUGCAGAAAAACCUUAAGAUUUAAAUGUUUGAAGACUUGCUGUCGAAUCCAAAAUUUCUUAGCAACUGAAACAUUAAAUUUUAUUAGCUUCAAAAUUCUUUCACACUAAUUUCUUAAGGUAGAAAUAAACCUUUAUUUCAAUGAGAGAAUUAAUCGAAUUAUUGCUACGGGAAGAAAAACAAGCAAAAAUUUAAAUCUGCAAGAUCGCUUUAAUCCCUUUAGUUUCCAUUUACGCGGCACUGAUUUAAACGAAUUCAACAUUAGAUUUUUAAGGGCAAUCAAUUUUGAGACAUAAAACGAAAUAUUUAAAGCACAAUUUACGCGGCACUGUAGCAGUAUUGCGUAAAUUUUCGCUUCGUAAUGUUUCGCUUUAUUACUUUCAGAUAAUUUCGACUCUUUAGAAUAAUAGUAAUAAUAAACGACGCGUAAACAAUCUGCAUAAUUUUCACUUCCAAUUUUCCUUUAAUGUAGGUCUUAACACUAAAUACUAAACAAUAACUAGGACGAGAGAAAUCCAGUAUCAGUAGCUUCGCAGAGGAGCGAUUAUUAUUGACUUGCGCUCUUUGGUGAAGUUUGCGGGAUGAAGGUCGGUCAGACCAGCGCGAUUCUUUGUCCAGUUUUCUGGGCAUCGAUGACGGAGACCCACUGAAGACUGAGUUUCACUGUCUUGCGCCCUCUUUUUUCUUGUCCACGACUCUGGAUAUUUUUCACGAUAUAUUGACUUUGUAGACACGCACUUUCCAAACAAAAUUAUAAUUUUCACUACAAAAUUAUUUUGGCUAAUUUUAAUUCCAAAUUAAUGGUGUGGUAUUGUGACAGAGUUGAAUGGGACCCUCAGAGCAUGAGGAGCGAACUCUCACUUUUCUUCACCCUGCCCUCCCCACUUGGGAACAAACGGCUGAAUUUUCUAAGUGUCCAACUGCCCCCAGCUUGAAUGAAGGGAUCAGAUAAAACAGACCAGGAUUUUAAAGUUGGAAUAUUAAAUGAGGACAGAAGAAUGAACACCGACUCGGAGCAGAGUGGAAGCAGCCAGGCAGGGACGGGGGAGGCUAGAUUACUUUUUUUUGGUAUUUUUUUAUUGUGAAUAAAUGGACAACAGAGACAAACUUUAUUCGUUCAAUAAAAUACUGUUAUCUUCAGUACCUGGGCUGUUUACUUUGUAAUCCAACUACUUGAGUGAACCAGAUAAAUACCCUAAAGGCGCAGACAUAGUGAAAAAUUACACGCAGUAAAGGCUGGUUUUUUCUAACAACAUGAACACAAGCGUCAGUUUAGUGAAGACAUCAACACCAAAAAGUUAAACACAACUUUAGGAAGCCCACGAACUUAUUAUAAUUCUUCUUCCGCGCUAAGAAUUAACACAACAUAAGCAAAAGCAAGAUAAACCAAAACAAAGUUUGUUUUGUUGUGCUCAGCUCGUGUUGUGUUAAUCCUUUACGACGAGAAAACAAGAAUAAUCUUUGUGCUUACACCUUCAGUUUUGCAUUUCAAUAAACCUCAGUUGUUGAUGACCUCGCUAAACGUAAGUUUGUGGUACGCUGCUAGUAAAAACCAGCCUUAAAAUUACACUGUGUUUCCACCCCUAAAAACCUUGUCCGAAAUGCUCCAAAGCAAAAACAAAUACUGCGUUGUAAUGUUGCUUGAUAACUCUUUAUAGGAGUAGAAACACAGUGCAAAGUUACUGCGCGAAAUGUUUCACUGUUUGUCCGAGCCUUAUAAUAAGCCAAGUUCUGCUUCACAUACUAUAAAGCUUUAAGCAAUCAACAAAGCGACGGCAGCAAGAUCGGCACUUGAAAAAAUAAUUAGCAGUUAUGCGAACAUCAUUUAUUGUUCAAAUUUUCUCAGCAUUUUAACUGAUUUACUUUGUACGCGCACGUUUUGAAUUUGAUAUUUGAUGGCUAAAUGUUUGUGUUCCGUCUCAAAUCCAUGAUUUGUUUUAUUAUUACUUUUCUUGUUGCUUUGCGUACAAAAACCAAAAAAUGUGUAAAACAUGAAAGCGAGCGAGCUGGGAAAGCCUUCUGUUGUUUUAAUUUUCUCAGCAUUUUAAAUUUACCUAUUAAUUUUUACGCGCGCGUUUUGAAUUUGAUAUUACAUGGCUAAAUGUUUGUGCUCUCAGAACCCUGAACUUCUGUUUUUUCCAUACAAACGCGAAUAAAUGUGCAAAAAAAUGAAAGCGAGCGUGCAUUAAUUUGAAGCCUUUUGUUAGGUGCCAUUGUUUUUGCCGUCUUCAUUUGUGAUUGCUUGAGCUCCAAACGUUGGAAAAACAUAAGGAAAUAAAUUUCAGACUUUUUCAGUGAGCGGUUUGUUUUUCAUUAAACGGCAUCCCACAAAAUACAUGCACACAGAAAAAAAACUAACAAAAAUAACUUUACUGUGCUCUAAAUCCGAUGUCAAACUUGCGUGUGAUCUUCUUCAAGGCCGUUUUUGGGCUUCACGACUAUGCGUGACGAGCCUAAAUAACGGCCGAAAAAAAGACUCCAAGUUUGAUACGAGUUGCUGUUAAUCAGAAUUUCAAUUUGCACAUGUAUUUCUUGAUUGCUUUGUUAUUGCAAAACAAAUCGCUUAUCUGAAGGCCUUUAGGUUACUGUGAACUUUCAGUCCCAAGUUACAACAUGUUAUUUUCUUUACUAACUGCUGCAGAUUUUCUUUACCAACAGUUCUGAAUUUGACAGUUGAUCAAAACAAAGCCUCCCCUUUCACGAUAAUUAUGUUUAUGUUCAACACCCUUCUUCCCGGUAAUUUACUCAAAGAAGUAAAGAGAAAUAACAUGUUGAUCGCUCUAGAAUUGACAAAGAUGAGUGCAAAUUUUCUAAAUCUCCCCACUUUACCUCCUCAGAAGAACACUAAAUUUUCUACGCCCAGUCUUAUUCAGAGUUUGUCAAACCUACUUUAAGACACUGCAGCAAAAUUUUGGCGACUCUGUUUUUAAUCAAAUCAUCGUUGCUGUUGUUGUUGCUCUUGCUGUGUAAUUCUUAUUCCAUUUUGCAAGCAGUAGACUGAUUAUAUUGGUAAAAUUAAUUCAACGAAUGUCAGAAUGAGACUCUGAAGAUUCAUAAUCAAAGCACUUGCUGUUGUUUUCCAAAAAGAAAUUUGAAGGUUAGGCACGCAAUCCAAAUUUACAAUCAAUUAAAACAAAUUGAAGGAAUAAUCUAGUUUACCCAUGCCAAAUCUUAUUUUCUUAUGAUAAAAACUGUGGAAUAAAUUUUCCCCGAACGUGGAAAUGAAAUGGAAUUGAAUUUGAGAAUUUAGACAUUUUAUUUACUUGAACUGAAAAAUCACCUUCAAGAAUAGGAAGGUAAGUUGUUGCAGUGAUGAAUGUCAGUCAGAAAUUCAAGAUCUCAAACAAAACAACAGAUUAAUUUGCCAAUUUGCCACGACUGCAGUUUUACUACUUACGAACACUCUCUCUUCUCCUCUCCCCCCCCCCCCCCCCCCCCCCCCCCACAUCGCCUCCCCAAUCAAAUAAUGAUGGCUUAGGUUGGCUGACGAAUUGAUUGGUUGUAUUACUAUUGUAAUCGUUGAAAUAAUUUGCAGCCAGCAAGAAGCACAUCACUGCACAUCAUCAAUAUGAAGUAUCAAUGUGAAGUGCAUUUAGUCAUUCUCAAGAAGUAAGCAAGAAGAGAUUUUGAAAUGCACUCAUCAAGUUCACAGAAAACGAAUAUACGAGUCAGCACAGAUAUGCAAUUUACCAACUAUACCAUUAAAAUACAAAUCCAAAAUAACGCCACUGUGAAUUGGUCAGACCCUCCAGCUGUCAUACAGGUCAGUUCAAACAUCGGUCUGUCUUUUGAAACAGUUGGGUUAAAUGUCAGAUUAUUCUGCACUGAUUCUGUUCAGUCAGAAUAGAUAUUAACAGGCGGUCAGUUAUUCAGUUUGACAAAUCCUUGUUCGGCCAGUAUUCAAACAAGUCAGUCAGUAACAACUUUAGAAAUUUUUUUCCAACAGCAAAGCCAGUGACUUUAAAAGUCCUAGUCAUCCUAGUCACCCUAUCUGUCACAGUCACCCCACUCCUCCCAGUCAUCCUAGUCAUCCCAGUCAUCUUAGUCAUUCCAGUCACCAUAGUCGUCACAGUCAUCACAGUCACUCGAGUCAUCCGAGUCAUACAAGUAACCCUAGUCAUUCCAGUAAUAGUACUCAUCCAAGUAAUUCCAGCUAUCCUAGUCACCCAAAAAUCCAAGUAAUUCCAGCUAUCCUAGUCACCCAAAAAUCCAAGUAAUCUGAAUCAUCUUAGUAAUCCUAGUCCCCCCUAUUCAACCCAGUUACCGUAACCAUCCCAGUUAUCCGAGUUACCCUAGUCAAUUUAGUCGUAAUAGUCAUCAUAAUCAUUGCAAUCAUCAUUACACUCCCCUCAGUCAUUCCAAAACUCUGUGUCAUUCUAGUCAUCCCAGUAAUAGUAGUCACCCAUGUCAUCCCAAUUAUCCUAGUCAUUCCCGUCAUCCCAGUCAUCCUAGUCAUCCCAGUCAUUAUAGUCACCUACGUCAUCCUAGUCAUCCCAGUUAUAGUAGUCAACUAAGUCAUCCCAGUCAUCCUAGUCAUCCCAGUCAUUCCAUUCGUCCUAGUGAUCCCAGUCACCCUAGUCAUUUUAAGUCCCAGUCAUCCUAGUGAUCCCAGUCAUCCCAGUAAUCCUAGUCACCCUGGUCAUCCCAGUCAUCCUAGUAUUCCUAGGCAUCCCAGUCACCCCAGUCAUUCUAGUAAUCCCAGUCAUCCUAUUCAUUCCAAGUAGUCAACUGCGUCAUCCCAGUCAUCCUAGUCAUCCCAGUCAUUCCAUUCGUCGUAGUGAUCCCAGUCACCCUAGUCAUCCUGGUGAUCCCAGUCAUCCUAGUUAUCUCAGUCAUCCCAGUCAUCCUUAUCAUCCUAGUUGUCCCAGUCAUCCUAGUCAUCCUAGUCAUGGUAAUAAUCCCAGUUAUGAAAGGUUUGAACCCAGGAGUCAUUUCAAAAGGUUGAGUUUGAUCGUCCAGUUAUCUUACUCAUCCCAGUCAUCUCAGUCCGCAGUGUCAUCCCAGCCAUUCAAGCCGUCCUAGUGAUCCCAGUCAUCCUAGUAACCCAAGUCAUCCUAGUCCUCCCAGUCACCCUAGUCAUCCCAGUCAUCCCAGUCAUCCUAAUCACCCCAGUCAUUCCAGUAGUACAAGUGAUCCUAGUCAUCCUAGUCAUCCCAGUCAUCCUUAUCACCCUAGUCGUCUCAGUCAUCUUACGCAUUCCAGUCAUCAUAGUCAUCCUAGUCAUGGUAGUCAUCCAAGCCAUGGAAGUCAUCCCAGUUAUCUUAGUCAUCCUAGUCAUGUUAGUAAUCCCAAAAAUCCCAAUCAGUAGUGUCAUCCAAGUCAUUCCAGUCAUCCUAGUCGUCUUAGCAAACUUAUUCAUCCCAGUCAUCCCAGUCAUCUUAUUCAUCCCAGUAACAACAGUCGACUAAGUCAUCUUAAUCAUCCUAGUCUUUCCAGUCACCUCAGUCAUCCCAGUGAUCCAGGUCAUCCCAGUCAUCCUAGUGAUCCCAGUCAUUCUAGUCAUUUCAGUCAUCCCAGUCAUCCUAGUGAUGCCAGUCAUCCAAGUCAUCCUAGUUGUCCCAGUCAUCCUAGUGAUCCUAGUCAUCCCAUUCAUCCUAGUCACCCUAGUUUUCCUAGUCAUCUUAGUCAUUCCAGUCAGCCUAGUUAUCCCAUGCCAGUCAUGUUAGUAAUCCCGAAAAUCCCAGUCAUCUCAGUCAUCCCAGUCAGCAGUGUCAUCCCAGCCAUUCAAGUUGUCCUAGUGAUCCCAGUCAUCCUUGUCACCCAGGUCAUCCUAGUGAUCCCAGUAAUCCCAGUCAACGUAGUCAUCCCAGUCAUCCUAGUCGUCCCAGUCUUCCUAGUCAUCCCAGUCAUCGCAGUCAUCCUAGUUACCCUAGUCAUCCCAGUCAACUUAGUCAUCGCAGUCAUCCUAGUCACUCUAGUCAUCCCAGUCAUUUUAGUCAUCCUAGCCAUUCCAGUCAUGUUAGUAAUCCCAAAAAAUCCCAGUCAUCUUUGUCAUCUCAUUCAUCUAGGUCAGCAGUGUCAUCUCAGUCAUUUCAGUUAUCCCAGUCAUCUCAGUAAUCUUAUUCAUCCCAGUCACCCUAGUCAUCCCAGUCAUCCUAGCCAUGUUAGUAAUCCUUAA